AUGGCAAAGGCCGAUGGUGAUUCUACCAUUCCCCGGGAAGAAGAAAAAUACUGGCGAACUAGAUGCGAUAUAAUAAAGACACUCAAGGAGAAACGAUCCCACCUUCAGGGAUUCCUUCAAAACGAUCAAUUCCAUUUCGGUACCGUCGUGGCUGCCUCCGGCCUCAUUGAAAGGCCAUUGAAAGCAAAUCAUGCCAAGAUACCUGACAUGUCUGUCUCCAUCAUCGACUGGGCAUUGAUCAAGCCCGGUAACCGGUCCAUCGGGAGUAACAAAGUUCCUUCCCCGAUUGGACCCAUUCCAUUAAACUUAUUCGAUGCCCCCAGGCUCGAGAACAAGCAGGUGCUGGCGAAAGUUGGUUGCGCCUCGGGCUAUACUGAGGGUCUCUACAGUGGCCUGAAGGUAGCAGUAAUUUCGCGACACACGCUCAACGGACAGGAACAAGAAGUGAAGACCUGGGAGCACUCCAUAACCCCUGCGUCUUUCGAGGAUGAGUUUGCGGUUAGCCCGCAUGAGAUCAUUAAGUAUGGCGACUCUGGAUCCCUCGUAUAUGGAUUAGUAGGUCGUUUGGUCGCGAUGUGUUUUGGCGGCAGCUACAGCGGAGAUAUCCUUUAUUUCACCUACAUCGGAGACCUGAUCGAGAGCAUUCGCGAAACCCGCGGAGACUCUGAAGUCCGCUUUCGAGAUUGA